AUGGCUCACCGAACGCCCACGCCCGACAUCACCAUCCAGCGCAACCGUCUGCCCAACCUGUACGAAGUCCUCAGUCGCCAGACCAAGCCGCCCGUCGAUCUGUUCAGCUUCUACAUCUACAUGCGCGAUGCUCAACGCAGCGUCGACUAUCUCGAUUUCUGGCUCGAUGUAUCUCAACACAUGUCGCUCUGCCGACACUACGUGCGCGGUCUUCACCGCAGUGUGCUAGCAGAAACACCAGAGCUGGAAAAGGGUGGCAGCAAGCGUAGUUCGCAAAUCCUCGACCACUACGAUGACAGCGGUCUGGCCGGUCCCAGCGCCAACGACAAAGAUCCUCGGGUUUCUGCCUUCUUGCGCGGCGACAACGGCAGCAUGCACUCGCCCAGCCAGUCCCUUGGUAGCAACACUUUUGAUCCGCAAAACCCUCGUCGUAGCAUGGUCGACAGCACCCAAGACACCAGCCCAUACACUCAGGAUCAGUCUCCUACCGGCACCACCGUUUCUAGACAAGACAUCCGUGCCAGCGCUGAGAAGAUCCUGUACACAUACCUCCUACAAGGCUCCGAACGCGAGAUCAUCAUCCCUGUCGGCAUCCUCGAACAUGUCACCGACUCGAUUGAGAACCAAGGCCGCGAUGACCCCGAAGUCUUUGAUAGUGCAAAGGACUACGUCUUCCAGGCCAUGGAGCGCGAUGCCUUCCCUGGCUUCCUCCGCGCAAAGGCCCUGGGCAAUAUUGUUCAACCUAGCAUGAUGCUGAGACUGGUCGUCGGUCUGGUCGCCUUGUUUGCUGCCAUCUGGACAGCUUUUGUCCUCAUCUUCCUCGACAUGAGCAGAAGCACAAGAUGCUGGGUCAUCUUGCCCUUCACCAUUGCUAUUUACUUCCUCGUCUCACAUCAAUACAUGCUUGACCCCAUCCAAGCGCUUCUGGGCUACUCGGAAUAUACCUUUGCGAAAUACUUCAAGGUCAAAGAAAACUUCGUCCACCGCCUACUCACACGCAGAACCAUGAUGUGUCUAAUGUGGAUUGCCAUCAUCGACGCUGCCGUCUGUUGUCUCUUCAUCUUCGUCCCUGGAAAGAGACUGUGA